CAGCGUCAGACAGCACCCAACCUCUAUGGCCGCCCUGUCUUCCCCACCGCUUCUCCCCCUUUCCCCUCUACUCCAUACCAAAAUCCCACAAGAAAAUGAAAACCGUCUCACAAGAAAACAAGGGACAAUGGCUCUUUACUUUUCACUUGGGAUAAGCAUUGAUUAUAGGAAAAAAAACAAAUGGUGUGAACACACGAAUCACCCUUCCCACCUUUAUUCAUUAUCCAUGUAGAAAGAGUAUAAGAUUCCAGCCCAAUUCUGCUGAUAUUGCAGUUCAGUUCACUUGUUUUCAUGCCUAUUCAUCCAAAUUGUAAGAAUCUUUUGUGGGUUUUAAUAGCAAACAAGGAGGGUCACUAAAAGAUCAGCAAGAAAUUGAUCAUGGGGUUGGAGUGGGAAGUGCAAGUCCGGUUCCCGUCGAACACACCUGUCGCCGGCAUUGAGCUGAAUCCAUGGGUCCGUGUCAAUUACAAAGGCUCUUACGUGUCCCCUCCCAACUAUGCCCUCCAGUUUGCUUGGUACAGAGAGCUUUCUACUUUGCCUAAAUGUGUCGAGGACUAUGUAGCUUUCCAAGAUCAUGCUUCUAGAGAUAGUAGUAUGACUGUAUAUGGUGGUGGAUUGAAUCAAGAAAAGCAUGGUUUGCUGAACUCUGAGGAUUUAAAAAUUGUCGAGGGAGAGGGGAAAACUUGGAUUCAAGUAGGUUCUUCAAGAACCUAUACACCUUCAGAGGACGAUAUUGACUCCAGCCUAAGGCUGGUCUCUGUUGCCAUAGAUGACAUGGGCAUCAAAAUGUCGAUUAAUGUCUUUGUUACCACUCCUGUCAUUAGAUUACCUCGUCCAUAUCCUCGCCAUAUGAUCAUAUUUUGGUCCCUCAGAAAAUUUAGAAAUCCCAAGUGUAUUGCCACACCUUUCAAAAAAGAAAGUUUCAGGGUAUUAUCUUAUAAUAUCCUAGCUGACCUAUAUACCGUAAGUGGUGCAUAUACUCACUGCCCUAACUGGGCACUUACAUGGGAAUAUCGUCGGCGUAAUUUGCUCAAUGAGAUCCUUUCUUAUGAUGCCGAUAUCCUUUGUCUUCAGGAGGUGCAGAGUGAUCAUUUUAAGAAUUUCUUUGAACCUGAAUUUGCAAAAUUGGGUUAUUCAGCUAUUUAUAAGAGGAAAACCAAGGAGGUGUAUAGUGCCAAUGAAUAUGUAAUUGAUGGGUGUGCAACAUUUUUCCGCCAUGACCGCUUCAAGAUAGUUAUUAAAUAUGAGGUAGAGUAUGACAAAAUGGCACUGCCUGUAAUUGAAGUUCUUGAACCUGAUAAAAGAAAUAAUGGUCUUUUUCGCCUUAUGAAGGACAAUGUUGCACUUGUUGUGAUACUGGAGGAAAAGGACAAUGGACGUUCUCCGGAUGCUGCUAGGUCUACAAUUUGUGUGGCAAAUACUCAUAUCCACCGUGGUUCGGAUGCUUCUGAUGUGAGACUAUUCCAAGUUGUCAAUCUCAUCAGGGGACUUGAAAAGAUUGAUUCUUCAGGCAUUCCUAUUUUGAUUUGCGGUGACAUGAAUUCUCUUCCUGGAAGUGAUCCUCAUCGCUUCCUCAUAAAUGGCGAAGUUGGAUGUUUUAGUGAGAAAUUCAGAGACCCUCUGGGAAUACAUAAACAUCUGAAACUUAGCCACUCGAUGCAUCUGGCCUGCGCAUAUGCACAUUUACUUGAUUCAAAUGAAGUUGGGCAACACCAGAAGGAAAAAAUGGAUUAUCAAGCAAUGGAGCCUCUUUUCACCUGCUUCAAACCAAGUUUAACUGGAACGUUGGACUAUAUUUUGUACUCAAAAAAUAGGUUGAAGGUUGACGGGCUGUUGAAACUUCUUGAUUAUGAUAGUUUGGAGAAGCGAUUACUGCCUUCACCUCUAUGGUCAUCCGAUCAUGUUGCCCUCAUGGCGAAUUUCAGAGUCAAACACGCCUCCAGGGGGGUACAGUAUUUAUCACCUCCUCCUGAUCCGUGGGAACAAAAACAAACAAACUGACGUGUGAAUACUAUCUUUGUAGAAGGAACUUAAUUAGUAUUUUGCAAUCGCUUGGUUGUAAUUAUGGAUGCCAGCGGAAUGCUUUGCAUGACCAAAUCUUGUAUAGUAUAGCAGCGAACAGCAUAAUUAUGCUUUCAUAGCCAGCCUUGUUAACGUGCCAAUCUUUUAGCAUGCAUUGUGCAA